CUACAGGCCGCUUAUACGGAUACUGGCGACUCACAUGACGCGCGUCAUUAGAACGAGACCGGAAGUCAUUCUGGAUGAAGCGAAUUCAUGAAACCUGCAGUAAGGACUUAGCGGUUAAACGUGUAGUUUAUGAUGUCAGCCUAUCCCAAGAACCACAAUCCUUUCGCCGCCGACGAUGAUGAGGAGGAUGAUGGGGUCCAGGAUUUCGGGCGCGGCAGGGGCUAUGAAGACUCCGCGGAUAGCCACAUGAGCGAAGCCGAGAGGCGCCAGAAGUACCUGCAGCAGGAGGUUAUGAGGACAGCGCAGUCGGCAGUCGACAGCAGCCAGCGAUCCUUAGGGCUGAUUUACGACUCGGAAAAGAUGGGGAUAGACACUGCGGAGGAACUCAAACGCCAAGGUGAGGUUUUGAAGAGGACAGAGAGAAUGGUGGACAACAUGGACGAGGAUCUGAAGACUAGUCAGCGACACAUAAACACCAUCAAGAGCGUCUGGGGAGGCAUCGUCAACUACUUCAAAGCAAAGCCAGAGCCCAAUGCAGCCCCUGAGCAGCCCGUUGCAUAUCAGCCCAGCAGCAAACUGCAGGAUGCGCUCAGUCAGAGCCAAGGGCACCAAGACGAAUAUCAACAGAGUCACCCCAACAUGAGGAAGCUAAACACUUCGGGGUUUGGAGCUUCUGGGAUUUCCCCUGAGGAAUCUAUAUCCAGCCAGAAUGGUUACCCCAGGAACCAGCAAUUAAGAGCUAUUCACCAACAACUGGAUGACAAUUUGGACGACAUGAGCUUGGGUCUUAGUCGAUUGAAGAACCUGGGACUAGGACUGCAGACAGAAAUCGAGGACCAGGAUGUCACACUGGACAGCCUGAUGAACAAAGUGGACAGAACCGACAGCAAGAUCAGAGCCACAAACCAGCAGAUCAAAAAUCUAAAAUAAAUAUGCCACCCAUCUGGAAUAAUAUUCAGUUCUGCAUUGGGCAGUAAUAAGGAUUUACUUUGUUUUUUGUUUUAAAAAAAAAAAAAAAAAAACAGGACUGUUUUGAACCACAUCCUGUAUUUCAAAUAUGUUUUAUAUCUUGCCUGACUUGUUCCAAAGCCAGUGAAGAUGGAAUUUCAAGUAGAGUGGUUAUUGUCGACUUUGCUUCCAUAGAGGUCCAAAGUGUGUGAAAGAUGACUAAAAUCUUUUAUCCAAUACCCAUAAUUUUACCUCUGUGUAAAACACUCGAAAGAAAUUUAAUGUAAUGUGAAAGAAUCACUUGUUUGGAGUUUUGUGAAAUAUUGUAUAGCACAAUGCCUUACCACUGGUUCAUUAUUCAUAUGCUUUGCAGUAGCAUUAUAAACUGUCAUUUGUAAGUAUCGCUAUAAACACUUUAGUAAAGAAUUACUAUUUCUUACUCAGAAAGCUGAAUAUUCACGCUUGACAUUAACUAAAGACUGCCAUUACCUUAUCUCUCCAUAUGUUAUGGUCACCUGACAGUGAUGAUGCAUCAGAAAUUCUUUUGGAAAAGAAGUUGAAAAUGGAAAGUCAGUUUUGACUGGAAUAAAAUAAGAUGGAUCAAAA